UAUCCGCACUCCCGCAUUAACCCACCGACAAGCACGCAAAAGAUCUCUCUGUGGAUGUGACCAUCUGGAGCUCCGCCGAGGUCGCGACCACCACCAUCAUGGCCGCCUGCGUCCCUGGGCUUCGCGCGUUCUCCUGCAGCAUAUCAAGUCCUCCGCUAAGAAAUAUUCGCAGGGCUGGAAAAACCGUGUUGGAAAAGGGCUCGAUAGGUUUCUCUCUGGUGAGGGGGGGGUGGUGACGGGGUUCACCCGCCUCAAUUCUUUAGCUGCUCCCAAUCGUUAUUCCUAUCCACAGUGUCCUGUUCUGAGGUAUGCGUCACCAUGAAUGAAGAAAACGCCCAGAAAACAAUCGACAUUGCUCCAGAUGGCGAUGUUGUUUUCGUCAUCGGCACGACUGAGAAAAGAGUGAGGGUCUACUCACUCUUCGUCAAAGCUGCUUCGCCGGUUCUAAAUGCGAUGCUUGGCCCCAACUUUGAAGAAGGACAGCAACUAGCGAAAACCGGUUCAGCCGAGAUUGCGCUCCCCGAGGAUAACGUUGAAGCCAUCGAAAUCAUCUUCAACGUCAUCCACGGCCGUAACGAUAAGGUUCGAGAGACACUGAGUCCCCGCGAGCUUCUUCAGGUAGCUAUCGUGAGCGAUAAAUAUGACUGCUCUGUCUCGCUCGCGUUUGCCAUUCGGGUUUGGCUGAGUCCGAGAGGCGGUAGCGAUCCGGAGGAACUAUGGGCUUUGGCUAUGGCGGCAUAUCUCUUUCGAGAACGGGAGGCCUUUGAAAAGGCAACAUCCGCACUCGUAUUCAAUCAUGGUGAAUCAUACAUCAACCUUUCCAGAAAGCAUGAGGCAGUAAUGAACCCCAUUAUACUGCUGAACACCGCAGCCAUGCUGGAGGAGGCACGGAACAAGCUACGAAUGAGUCUGUUGAUGGAUGUGCUAAAUGGUGACUGGCACUGUGGCUCAAGUUCCAAAAAAGGUAGGCAUCGGCCGGACUGGCUUAUGGAGUUCGUACGUCGAGCCGGCAACUUGGGAAAUACGGCCAUUUCUAGCACACUUGAAGCGUUGGAUCAGGACGCGGGUUCGUCCGUUACUUAUAUCGCUGAUGAGGCGGAAUAUAGUCGGCGGGAGCAGACUUUCAAAUCCAUUACGGAGGGCUUUAGAACACGGCACCAGAAUGCCGGCGGACUAUGUAUAUGGUGCGUUCGGACUGGUGAGGACCACGGAAACCACAAAUAGGCCAGGGGAAAUGGAAGUUUGAGAGCCUCGCAAUCGUGUAGGGGCUGG